AUGGUAGAAGUCGUUUGUUUGUCUCAAGGUAAUGAAUACCAGUUGCUUGAGACUGAGAGAGAUAAAGCAUCGCCAGCACCACAAAUUAUAGCAAGUGGCAGCAGAGCCACACCUGUUGCUUCACCAGCACCCAAUCAGCAACAGGUGCAAGAAAUAACUCUGCAGUCAGCAGCACCACAAAUAACAGAGAGAGGCAGCAGAGCAGCAGCUGUCAUUACAACACCACCCACUGUACGACAGGAGAGGCCCAGAAGGAUAAGGAAUCUGAAUCCUCGCCGAUCUACUGCCGAGCAAGCGAAUAUAGCUCGGGAGGAUUUCCUGGCAGUUGCAAAAUCUAAUGCAGAUUCAAUGAGGAUGCUGGCAGAGGCUGCCAACAUUCAGGCCGAGGCUGCCAGAAUGCAGGCGAAGGCAGCAAAAGUUCAGGCCGAGGCAUUUCAUUUAUUAGCUCAGGCUGUUGAUAAAAUUGGAGAUUUGCUUGUUAAUAAUAAUAAUAAAUAA